GUAGCUGGCUGCCGCGUAGAGGAGACGCGUCGGACCUCGUUGGUCUUUGUUCAACAUUUUAAAGGGUCGUGGUCUCCACAGUGGACCUCCAUCUUCGCCAUGUCUGUUCCCCACCCAUCUGCAACUAUGACGACCAUCGUCCAUGAUACUACAGAGGCGUUUUGCCUCUCUACUGAAUACAACCUGUACCUCAAGCCCAUUGCCAAAAUUACAGUCAGUGUGGCACUGCCCCAGCUUAAGCUUCCAGGCAAGAGCAUCUCCAACUGGGAGGUAAUGGAGAGAGUGAAGGCGAUGGUGGCUCCGGAGCAGUUCUCAGCCCUCCGAAUUUCCAAGAGCACCAUGGACUUCAUCCGCUUUGAGGGAGAGGUGGAGAACAAGACGGUGGUCAAGAGCCUGUUGAGCCGUCUGGAUGUGAAGUGCAUCAAACUCAGUGGAUUUACUGAUGUGCUGAAGGUUCGCGCAGUAGAGAAUAAGGUCGACUUCCCCACACGCCACGACUGGGAUUCAUUUUUCCGCGACGCCAAGGACAUGAAUGAGACGAUGCCGGGAGAGAGACCUGACACCAUCCACCUGGAGGGGCUUCCCUGCCGCUGGUUCAACCAGAAGGACAGUCAGUUUCCCGACCGGCCCUCUGAAGAGGUCCUCAUUUCUGUCUUCGAGACUUUUGGCAAGGUGCGACAUGUUGACAUCCCCAUGCUGGAUCCAUACAGAGAGGAAAUGCUGGACAAGAACUUCAACACAUUCAGCUUUGGGGGUCACCUGAACUUCAUGGCUUACGUUCAGUACCAGGAAUAUUCCGGCUUCACCAAGGCCAUGGACACUCUGCGCGGCAUGAAGCUGAUGCUCAAAGGAGACGAUGGGAAAGCGGUGGCUUGUAACAUCAAGGUGACCUUCGACACCACCAAGCACCUGAGUGAGUUAGCUCUGAAGAGGAGAAACAUGGAGAGGAUGAAGCUGCAGGAGCUGGAGCGGCAGAGAGAGGAGCAGAAACGACGGGAGAAGGAGGAGGAGGAGCAUCGUAAGGAGGAGGAGAGGAAACACAAGGAGCAGGAAGAAGAGGAGAAGGAGAAGAGGAAGGACGAGAGGCUGCGGAAGCGAGAGCAGAAGCUUCAGGAGAAGGAGCAGAAGCGGAACGUGAAGAAGAUGAGGCGUCAGCAGGAGGAGGAGCAGAAGAAGCUGCAGAUGAGGAUUGCGAUGGAGGAGAGGAGGCUCCUGCUGGCUCAGCGCAACCUGGAAUCUAUACGGCUUAUUGCUGAGUUGCUGGCCAAGGCCAAGGCCCUGAAGCAGCAGCAGCAGGAGAAAGAGAGGGCUGAACGCGAAGAGCAGGAAAGGCAGGAGCAGGCUCAGCAGAAGGAGGAAUUAGCCCGACUUCAGAAGCUGGAAGCGUGCAGACGCAAGCAAGAGGAGGAGCUUCGCAGGGUGGAGGUGGAGAAGCAGCGAGCACUGGAGCUCCAGCGUAGAGAGAAGGAGCUAAGGGAGAAACUGCUUUGCAAUAUGUUGAAGAAGAGACCACCAGGCACGCAGGACCAGGACGGCCCUGUACCGACCGAGGAGGUCACUGCUCCUGGCGGCACUGAUGUGACGUUGGGGGCUCUGGAGCGGGUGAACGGAGGAAAGGCAGCUGAGGGCAAAGAGAAACAUGUGUCCAAGUCAAAGGAGCACGGCCAUGUUUUGGGGAAAAACAGAUCAAUGCACGAGAAAAGAGGAGCGCAGGACAAGAAGAAGAAGAGCAAGGAGGGAAAGAAGAAGAAGAAGGAGGAGUUGUCGAGGAGCAGGUAUGGCAGGGAGCAAGCGAGGGACCAGGACCACUCCCACAGAGAGAGGAGUUCCCGCAGCAGGGAGAGGAGGAGCAGGCGCUCCCGCAGCAAUAGCAGGAGGAGGAGGAGCUCCAGUCGUCACAGGAGGAGCUCCAGUCGCCAAAAAAGGAGCUACAGUCACAACGGCAGCAGGAAGCGUAGCCAUAGCGGCAGGAGCACAAGCUCGAGUGGAGACAGGAGCAGGAGCAGUAGUGGGAGGAGUAACAGCAAGGGGAGGAGUCACAGACACCGUCACCGUAGAAACAGCCGAGCCGGUUCAAGGGGCAGCAACACAAGUAACAGCCGAAGAUACAGGAGACACAGCAACAGUAGAGACAGGAGCCACUCCAGACGACGCUAAACUCAGAGGCGUCGUCUGUCUCUUUGAUAUUCUAAGAUAUUUUUGGUCCGUAAGUUAAGCAAUGUGGUUCUGUACCAGAUAAUGAAAGGACAAAUUCGAUAAGUCAAAGAGAAUCAUGUAUGUACACCGUAUACAAUGCGGCGCAGAAAUGCUCGACAACUUGAAAGUAUUUCAGGCCCCAUUGUAUGUGAAAGGCAUGGAAGUUGCAAGUCAGUCUACGUAGCUGCUUUUAUUGUUUUAGUAAUUUUAUUCUCCACAUUUCAUUCGAAAAUUUGAUUUGAUCAGAUAUUCAUACUUUAAACGUCAGGCCAGUUAGUCGCUUCUGAAACACUUUUUAUCUUCUUCACGUCCGAAUAGCCAUCAAACGAUGCAGUUGUCCAAAAAGGGAAAAAGAAGGUGUCCAGGGCCCUCACAGGACAAUUAAACCAAUGAUUUUAUUUGGACCGAAUGAAAUGACAAACCAACCCGCAUGCCUGUGCCAUGACCGCACUCUUCAGCCAGACAGAUGUACACCACUGGAGCGGAGAGUCACAGAAAAGUUUGCUUCUAGCAUUUGUCCGGCAGUUGCAUGUUCAUAUGUUUAUGGGGCAGCGCUUCAAUGAGCAGGUCGAGAUCGGGGGGGGGGGGGUUGGAUUUAUCGGUUGCAUUUGUCUUAGUCAUCAUUUACUAUUUUUUUCCAGGAUAAACGAACCCGAGGUUUAAUGACAAAAAAAAAGCCAGUUUUACUUUUUGGUUUCAUGAGAAUGUUGCACUUUGCAGAUUUUGUCAUUUGUUGUAAAGUACACGAAAACUCAACUCUGAAAAUUUGCUCUGGAUUUAGUGAUCCUCCAUACACACCAAUUAUCUUUUUUUAUCUCCAGUUUUGUGCAUGUAUAACUUAGCUAGAGAGUUUCUUGAAGACAAAAUGAUGUACCUGAUCUGUUCCUCAUGGCUGACACUGGUGUGGAAGACUUACCAGUUAACUGAGGGACACUAUUGAACGGCAGCUUCUCAAUUACAAGCGUGACGGUUCCCCAGGCUGAGAGACUCGCACCUCUGUGAUCGGCUGAUGUCAUUGCGACGCGUUCAGCUGCUUUCGGUGUCCGUAGUGGCGAUGUUGAUAAACACGCAACUACAACCCUGGACGAUAUUCUUUUGAUAAUCACGUCAUUUCAAUUACAAAAGACUGAUCUUUUCAGUUUUCCUUUAAAUUUUGAAAUGUUUGUAAAAGCUUUUUCGAUAUUUACCAUAUUGUGCUCCACCUCCUAUGGCCCUCUGACAUUUUGAGCGUCCACAUUAUUUGUGGGUAAAGCUACAUCCACACUCCUGGGUCCUAGAUUUAAAACACAUCCCUUUGGGGCUGCGUUGUAUCCUCUAAAAGUAGUGAACAGAUGAAUGUCCUUUAUGAGGAGGGAAUUUCAGACACAGCUUUUAAUAUGUAUCUUAAUAAGUAACCUGACUCAGGAAGCAGUGCACUCCCUCUUUCCUUGGUCAAAUAUCUUUAAUGCAAGUGCUGCCAACUACUUUUUCUUUUGUUCAGAAGGUUCAGAACAAAGUUUUUUUUAUUUUCUUUUUUUUAAAGGAAACCAGCCUCUGGGAUUCAGGUCAAACAAGCUCAGUACAAAUGAGAUGUUGGGAGGUAACUCCUGCUCUCAUGCUCACGUUCUAAUACUGGAUACGAUUCUUUAGCUCUAGUCGCUUUACAGACUUUUCUUGAAACUGGAUUUGAGGGCGGGAGAAGUCAGUCUCACUUUUUUCACAUUACAUUACGAGAAGUCAGUCUCACUUUUGAUGACAUUUGUACUUUGACAUAGUGACUUAUGAUAGAAAAUCCCAUUUGUUAUGUGUAUAUGCUCAUGAGCCACUACAGAAUGUCUUGCAUACAUGUGGUUAUAAUAAAGAAUCCAACCUGACAA